AUGGCUACAGCAGCAGGAGGAGGAGAAGAAGCGACAAUACAACGUAUAUUACGCAUUACUGAUGUUGCAGAAGAGUCGUUAAGAUUUCUUGCACCCAUCGGUGGUUAUUCGAAAAUGCCCCUUGUUUCACUUGAAGAAGCUGUCAAACCACUUGUUCCUAUUCUACCUGAUGUUCAAAGUCAUGCAUAUAUCGCUAAACAAAACUGUAAGAAACCCGCUGACAAAUUGACACCAGAUGAAUCUGCUUCAAUUAUGCUUUACACCAUGGGGUGGGAGCCUCCUGAAGAAUGUCUCUACGUUGUUUUGAAUACUACAUUACGUGCAACGGACCGACAACAAAAACUCAAACCUUGGUAUCUUUUUUUGAGACUUCUUCUUAAUGCACUGUUUCGUCUACCGCUGCUUCCAGCAAUUGCAUACAGAGGUGUUAAAUUAGACCUCAGUCGUCGCUAUGUUGAAGGAGAAACAAUUGUCUGGUGGGGUUUCUCAUCAUGCACAACAUCUGUUGGUGUGCUAAAAUCAGAAAUGUUCUUGGGAAAGACCGGUAACAGAACUAUGUUUACCUUACACUGUAAAUCAGCCAGAGACAUUCGUAAACAUUCAUUUUAUCCCGUUGAAGAUGAAGUACUUCUGAUGGCAGCAACACAAUUUAAAGUAGUCAGCUCCCUUGAUCAAGGUAAUCUUCACAUUAUCCAAUUGGAAGAAACUGAGCCACCAUUUCCACUUUUACAACCGGUACCUAUUGUUGGUUCAUUACCAAUUCAUUCCAAUCCACCUAGUGAUUCGACAGCGGCUUCUUUUGACAUAAGCACAGAAAAAUCAAAGACACAUUCAAACAAAUCUCAAAUUAAAACACAUGGAGCAACUGCCAGUACUAGCAAAAAGACAGGAUUAAAGUCGAUCACUGGCCAAAUGUCUGAUGUAAAAAUUAGUGCUUCAAUUAAUGAAGGUAAGAUAUUACUGUUUUAUUGUCUUGAUUAUAGUGUGAACUAUAUGAAUAUAAUUAUUUGCAUUUGUUAGAUACGAUGUACUCAUAGGAAAAAUUCGCAUAGAUCAUAUCAUCACUUUUUACAAGAAUCUGCUUCUGCUCUCUGAUAUUUAGCAAAUCUAACAUACCUGCUUAUUCUAUUCGAAAUAAAUGAUUCAUCCGAAGAGAUUAAAGAUGUAUCGAAGUGAUAUACACACAGGAAAACUUUUAUUAUCGGUAUUUAAAUCUUUGGAUCUCGAUUUCUGAGAAAUUCUACGAAUUCUCACAGAAAAAUUAAUUCUUGAUUAGAUGUAUAACUAGCUUUUUCAACUCUUUUUACAGUAGACAAAGAGUUCAUUUAAAAACUGAAUUUCUAAUAUACUAUCAUGAGUCUAUGAUGUAUUCUAAUGAUGCUAAUUUUUCAAAAAUCUUUACAUUUUUUUUUCAUAGAGAAUUCACUAAUACAGUUGUAAUUUUUUUACUGAAGAAUCGACUUAAAAAUAUGAGUAAAAAUAAUUUGCGUUGAGUGUGGGUGUGGAUGUACUUUUUUUCUUGAUUAGAGAAAUGAUCAUUUAUCUGAUUUUAUUCAUAUUGAUGACUGAGAAAUCGAGAUCUACUUAAAAGAAAUAGGUAUUACUGAUUCGUGCCAUCUUAUCAUAGUACCAAUUUGUCUAUGGAUAGUUU